AUGGAAAGUUUACGAAGUAAUUUUGUGCAAGCAUGUGAUAGUGAACGAAUUAUAUUGCAUUGUCCAAAAAAUACGCAAAUUUUGCUUGAAAAUAUAUUUUAUGGUCGUUUGAUACCAAGCCAUCAACUUUGUCCCUCAUCCAGUACACAUCAACAAUUAUCAUCCGAUGAAGAUAUCAAUUGUGAUGUGAUACAGGCUCAUGCGAAAAUUCUGGAACAAUGUCGUAAUAAGAGAAAAUGUAAAAUAAUGGUAAGGCCAUCAUUUUUUGGUACUGAUCCAUGUCCAAACACAUUCAAAUAUCUUCAAAUAUCCUAUAAAUGCAAACCAGCAUCAUUCGAUGAAGAAUUAUUUUGCGAAGGAUCAACAAUGAAAUUGAGCUGUAAGCAAAAUAAAAGAUUGGUUAUUUAUUCGGCGCAUUAUGGCCGAGCGGUUCAGGGACGAACAAUGUAUUGUACACCUCCAAAUACUCCAAUUACUCAAGAUUGUAUGAUAAAUGUAUUGGAUCAGAUACUCUAUGAUUGUCAUGCACAAACGGAAUGUACGGUAUUAGUGAACGAUGAACAUUUUGGCAAAACCGGAUGUAAAACAGGGAUGCAAAAAUAUCUCAGCCUUAUUUUCAUGUGUAUGAAUGAUGAGAUCUUCAGUGAAGCAGCUAUAAUGGGUAAUUUGGAUGCAAUGAAGAAAAUCAUUUCGAAUUUGCCACCAAUGAAAGUAUCAAAAAUGGAAGCAGCAUUUGUGAAGGAAGAUGAGCGCAUUUUUCAUAUAAAAGAUGAUCCUAGUCUUGGAUAUAAAAAUAUCCAAAAAAUUUCUUCCUUCGAAAAGAACAGAAAUGUAAACAGUGACGAGGAAUCAGAAGAGGAAGGCGCAUUUGUCGUAUCAAAUCCAGUUGAAACAACUUCACCAAAAGAUCUUCCUUUCAAUGUUUUUGGCUUCAUACAUGAUGUUAUAUUGGUAGUGCGAAUAAUAAAAGAUAACAAAGAAAAAGUCUUAUUUUGUCUUCUCCUAAGUCUUCUAGCAGGCCUAACAAUGUUAUUAAUCGCUUGUGCAAUAUCCGGUUAUUGUCGGCGUAGAGCAAAAUGGAAGAGUUCAAAGAUGAAAAAUAAUGAGGAAACUGUACAAGCUUCUAGAUCAACAGAAUUAAACACAUUGAUGGGAAAUAAUCGUUCACCAUCAGUCUUUCUGGAUUCCAGCAGUAGAAUUUGUUUUGAUAUUGGCGAUCUAUCGAAUAAUAAGGAAUCAUUUCUGCGCUUUACGCAAUUAGCACCUCUACGAAUACCGCAAAAUAUUCAUGGCUAUAGUUAA